AUGCCCCCUGACCCCCUUGUAAGGUCGCGCCUUCGACGCAAGAUUGAUCCCAAAUCGUGGCCAUUCGAAAACCCUAACAAAUUCGGGAGUGUGAUCGCAGAACCCGUUGAACCAAAAUGGCUUUACAAAACACCGGACGGGCGACAAAUUUCCGUGUUUGAUGGAAUGUUCAAGUACAAGAGCGUGUUUGCACUGUCUAUGUACAAUUUUCUGACUGGAUAUUGGAGGUAUGGUACACCCCUUGAUCCAUAUAACGAAAACUUAUCUAAUGAUACCAAUGCCGUACCAUGGAAGUCACACCAAGAUAUCAGUAAAUUUGCACAGAGUGACAUGGGUAGGACCAUACAACAAAUGGUCACACGGAUGAGUGGAAGUGACAAACCUUACUAUUUGUAUCAAGUGACGGACAAUGUAGUCAGACGAGGUGAUGUCACCAAAUAUCACCAUGAUGCAACCAGAGAUGAAAAAGAAAUAUCUGUAGUUAUUUACAUGAAUGAGAUAUGGAAGAAAAAUUACUACGGUGAGACCAUGUUUUACGAUGAAGAUAUGGAGAUCACAGCUGUUGUCAAGCCCAAAUUUGGAAGAAUGGUUGUAUGGGAUAGUUCUGUUGCUUAUUUAUUUCGUCCUCCAAGUGUGGGAUUCAAACAAGGACAACACUUUCUGCAUCUAAGAUUGUCAACCAAUGUCACCAAGGCGAUAGAGAGUGAAUCAAGAUGGAGGGAGUCGAUUAAUGAAGUUGAACAAGCUACAAAGACAUUGUUUGUAAAACAUAAAGACAAUCCAGUGGAGAAAAAAAUUGAUGUGCAAAAACAUUUAACUCAUGAAUUCCAAUCUUCUGCUGGCAAAAGAAUUGUUGUCUUGGAUGGUUUAUUUAAUAAUGAUGAUUUGGAUAGUUUAAGGAGAUAUACACUGAAAUAUGCUAAUUAUUUCUAUGAUGACAGCUUGGAUCUAGAGAGUGAUAAUGUGCAGUGGAUUGCAGGAUAUGAGGUGGAUGACUAUAUUCAAAGUCAAGACCAGUGGUUUCCAUAUGAUGUUUCCUGUAAUCUAAUACGCAGUGCUGACCACACACGAAUACAUGAAGAUUGCGAGCCACAUGAAGAUGAAUGGACAUUUUUAAUUUAUCUUAAUCCAAAUUGGACUGAAAAUUACUAUGGAGAAACAGCUUAUUUUGAAAGAAACAGUGAUGAUACCGAGUACAUAGCAGAAGUUUUACCAUCCUAUGGGAGAGCAGUCAUCCAUGAAGGCAUAAUACCCCAUUCUGCCAGACCGCCAAGUUCAUUGUAUACAGGGGCAAGACUUUCCUUUGCUGUAAAGAUGUCAAUUAAUGAAAGAGUUGGAAGAGAAAAGAUUAUCCUUGAAAAAUUUCGUCAUGAGGAGAGUUUACUUCGUGCUAUGCCAAUAUUGUUGAAACACUUCUCGGAAGAAGGAUUUGAAGAUUAUUUACAACAGAGAGUAGUUAAAGUACUAAAACACGAAGCUAAGUUACAAAGAGAGCUUCAUGCAGAUGAUGGGGAUGACAAUGAUGACGAUAAUGAUAAUAAUGAUGAUGAAAGGGAGGAGGAAGAGGAGGGAGAAGAAGACGAAUUUGGUUUUGAAGAUGAAGAAGGAGAUACUUCAGAGUUUUUGCACAGAGAAGCAUAUUUACAACAAAAGAAGAAAGAAUGUAAAAAUGACAUUAAGAAACUUCGGGAACUGACACUAGAAGUUGCACAAUAUGGAGGAACACUUAAGGAUGAAUAUGCUGCAAAGUUUUUGCCACUAUUUUAA